AUGACACAACUCUCUACCAUAUUAUACCUGAUUACUUUGUCUAUCGUAAUCGACCAUGUUCGAUCGAUAUCGAGUCCUCUACAACCUUUCAUUGCAUAUCAACAUUCGGUAGAAUUAGAGAAAGAUGUAGCCGAUCUCUGGUGGACCAUCGACAGUGCCAAAAGAGAAAUCACAUUCGAAUUACAUAUCAAAACAAUAGGCUGGAUUGCAUUGGGGAUCAGCCCAGCGGGUGGUAUGAUAGGUGCUGACAUCGGUGUAGGUUGGGUCGAUCAAAUGGGUCAUCUCUAUUUUCAAGAUCGAUAUGCAUUUGGCAGAACGCGUCCUAUGAUCGAUAAUACCACCAUUGAUUGGUUCGGCCUUCAAGGCCGCGAAUCAAGCGGAUGGACAGCGAUUCAAUUCAAACGUUUACUAGACACAUGUGAUGUCAUGGAUGUUGAAAUCAAGUCGGGCACCAACAAUCUUAUUUUCGCUUAUGGUUUGGCCGAUCCCGAUCCAUCUGGACCUAAUGGUGAAAUAUCUUAUCAUGAUUCUCGACGUGGCUCACGUGCUAUUCCACUUCAAUCAUAUGCUGAUCCACCAUCUGAAGAUGUUUUUGCUGGACUUGACUUCUUUGAAUUUCGUUUGAAUAAUUAUGUCGUGCCACCAGCUGAAACAACCUAUCAUUGUAAAAUCUACAAAGCCCCUAGUCAAUAUUCAGUCAAACGUCAUGCGAUUGGUCACAAGACACUAAUUGGUGCAGGCAAUCAUGACCUUGUUCAUCAUCUUCUUAUGUAUGAAUGUGAUUCAACAGCUGUAUUCGAUGAUAACAAUUUGCCUGAUGAUGAGUGUGAUAAGAUUUAUCAGAAAGUUGGACCGUGUGCAUCUAAUAUUGCAACUGGUUGGGCUGUUGGUGGCGAUUAUAUGAUUGGAUUUCCAGAAGAAGCUGGUUAUCCAGUUGGAGGUAAUUUUCACAUCAAAUACUAUAUGGUACAAAUGCAUUAUGAUAAUCCAAACCUACUCUCGAAUCGUACCGAUAGUUCAGGUAUUCGAUUUUAUCUUGGUAACAAACUUCGUCAAUAUGAUCUUGGCUAUUUGACAUUUGGCACUGAUUCAAGUGCUGUUGCUUUGGCUAUUCCGCCGAAAGCGGAACGAUUCGUUGUCGAUGGGUACUGUACAGCGAACGCUACACAGAAUUUUCCUGAAGAGGGUAUCACAGUUAUCUCUACUUUUCCGCAUACGCAUUUACAAGGUCGAACAGUGUGGACAAAAAUAAUUCGAAAUAAUACAGCUGUAGACUAUCUAUUCAAUGCAGAAGCAUAUGAUUUCAAUUACCAAUAUGAAAAUCGUUUACCCAACCGAGUCAAAUUAUAUCGAGGUGAUGAGUUUGCUACAAGAUGUAUCUACAAUACUAUGAACAAGGAUGUGAUCACUCUGGGUGGCGAAAGAACGAAAGAUGAAAUGUGUCUUCAUAUGGCGACAUACUAUCCUCGAAUGGAUAAUUUAUACGGCUGUAUGACAACAAAUAGUCCGGAUGCAUGGCUUGCUAAGAUGAACAGUUCUUCACCGUUCGAUUAUAAUCAAUUACAAGAAUGGCUUCAAAGUUUGAAAUGGACACCAGAACGAGUUGCAGAAUGGCAAGAAUUCUACAAUACAGUUCCUCGCAUAGCUAUAUAUGGUGCAGCACCAAACCUUCAGCUCAAUCCUCUUCCCAGAAUUCCUGAAUAUAAAGAUUUGAAACCAGUGAUAUGUACAAGAGAUCAAACGACUCCUGGCCAAAGCCCAGCAACACGUACAACUGCUAGCCAAGGUUCAACAAAGCCGACAACUGUUGCAUUUAAUUCUGCAGUUCGUCAAAAUGUACUUACAUUUUUUCCUUUGAUUUCAAUUGUGAUGAAAAUUAUAAUUAGUUGA